AUGGCGGUUACUGAAUCAUACGUGGAGUCUUUCAAACUGAGCGACGCCGAGUCGCGACGCAUAUUCCUCGAGCAAAUCGUCCCCAAGUACCUCGGCCAUCUGCAGAGCCCGGACAAUGUGGGUCACGAAGAUCGGCCACCGCUGGCCGUGUUUAUCAUCGGACAGCUGGGUGCAGGCAAGACACGCGCAGCACCGACAAUUAAGCAAGUGAUGCAAGGGCGCCGCGGCGAGCCGGCGCACCUUAUUGCCAACAAGUACAAGGAAUUCCAUUCAUCCUGGGAACAGCUGCUGUCCGAAAAGCCCAUGCACGCAAGCAUGGUGACCAAGGCCGACGACCGCGCCUGGCUGGCCAUGGGCGUUGCGCACGCCAUGGAGCGCCGCGCCGACGUCCUGGCCGAGAUGGCGUGCCGGUUCCCAGAGGACUUUUGCGAGCUCACGCAGACCCUGCACGACGCCGGCUACCGCGUCGAGGUCAUGAUCCUGGCGGUCCCCGAGGCUCUCAGCUGGAUUGGGGUUCUGACGCGCUAUAAUAAUGAUCACUUGCGCGAGCGCGAGCAGUCUGACAGGUCUUGGGGAUUGCCGCAGCUUCCUCAUGAUGAAACUUGUGCGAAUCUGGUCAAUGCAGCUCGGUUCGUCGAUGAAUCGAGUGCCGUUGACCAGGUGGUCGUGGUACGCCGGGGAAAUCUCGUGGCGUACACCAACGAAAAGGUCAAUGGCUCGUGGGUAAAGAAGGGCAGUGCCGUCGAUGCUCUACUGUUUGAACGAAAUUGCGGCAUUUUACCGGCAGAGCAAAGGGCGGCAGAGGAGGAUAUUAAAGAAUUGCAGAAAGACGGCAGCACUAUACCAAAGUCCAGUAUUCCCGAGAUUGGACAUCUUACUAGUUUCUUUGACAUUACUAGUGAUGAAAGGCAAUUGAGAGACUUGGCGUUGCCAAGGAUAUCCACCGCGAAUGUACGAUUUGGGACCCAAGUAGAUUUGAGCUUGGGGCUCGAUAUCCCAUGA